AUAUGUAUCAAAUCAUUAAAAUCAUUUUUUCUAAUGCAAAGUACAAUUUUUUUUCAAAUAAUUUAAAAAAUCUGCCUUAUAUUUAUAUAGAAAAGGGGUAGGCGGUUUGAUAUAGUAGAUAUUUGAACAAAUAAGGUCCUUUGAUUGAUUGUAUCUUUCUUACUAUUUCGUUUUAGAUCACUUUAUAUAAAUAUAAGUUCUAAAAAAGUAACCGAAAAUGGAUACAAGCUAUAAGUUCUAACACACCUUUUCAGAAUGCUGUGUUUUAAACAUACUCUAGUCAGAACAAUGUUUUACUUAUCCACACUGUCUCUAUAGAAAUUUCUAUGUUUAUAAUAUUCUCUACACCCUGAGGUAAUUUUUAGUAUUCAAUUACGUUCACCCCCAAUUUAGUUAGAAAACAUAGACAUCUACUCCUUUUAUGGUAGAAUUGCAAGAUAACUAUAUUUCCGAUGUACAUGAGAUUUGUCUAAAUUGAAAACCAUGUUUUAUUAAAACCCUGUUAAAUAAUUUUGAUUAUAAGGUUAAUAUUCUAGGAGUGAUUAAAUAAUUAAUUUCAAGUCGGCAACUACCCCAAACUCUACAGUAUUUCGGAGGGUGAGUAUUAUUAUGUAAGAUUUCAUUUCACUUUCAAUUACUUAAAGGAAUGCUGUUGAAAAUUUUUUUGAAUCAUAUGAAUUGUAUAUAUUGUAUUGUAUUGUAUACUCGUUUAUUCUGAAUUUUAUAAACAAAUAUACAUAGUUCUUGACCACCGUAUAUUUCACUUUUGUCUAUUAUCUAAUUGGAAUUGUAACAACAAUUAUGAAAACACAUUAGCAAAAACCACAUACAGUGAGAAUUAUAGUAAGAAACCAACAAAAAAAUUUAAUUAUGAGAAGGUAUUGAUAUCAAAAUGUUUAAUUACUAGGCUACUAAUUGAAUUACAUGCAAAAAUAGCAAUACACACUAAUUUUUAUAAAGGACUAGUAAAAUCUUUUAUACCUACAUACUAUAGUCAUUAUUCUGAAAAAAUGAACAACUCCAAUAUCAGAUUCUAUUCACAACAAUAACCUUAAGUAAAAACCUACCUUUUUCUUGCAAAAGCUGGCUCUAUUAUAACAUUUUUUAAUUAGAACUAUGUUCUAUGAAAACGCGAGGUAUUAUAAAAAUAAUAUAUAUUAAAUAUAAUUUGAAAAAGUAAAGAUGCCAAUAGCUACAAAAAUAAGUAAAUGAGUUGUAGAGUCAACAAGGUUAUUCACGAAUUUAAUGUUGAGAUAGUAACUGAUUAUGUAAACUUGAAUAUAAAUAAGAAACUUGUUUACUUGUAUAAUAAUUAUCAAUAUUUCGAAAAGAAAAUAAGUUUCCGACAAUCAUAUAAUCUAUCAAUUAGUAUAAUCUGUUACAUUAUUUUUGUUCUAAGUACAUGAAAUUCAGAAUUUAUCACUUACCUAAUGAAAUACUAUAAAUAAAUAAUGUAAAAUUAACACAAAAUGUACCUAACAGAAUACAGAUAGAGUCUCCUUGCAUCAAAUAAGCGACAAAACAAUAUUCAUAAACUGAAUUAAAAUUUUCGAAGAGACAUUUUUAGAUGAUUAUCUAAAAAUGUUAGGUUAAAGUUUUUACACUUUCUCGUCCCUCCAAUCUUAUAUCAAAUAAUGGGCUAAAUGUCCUGUUACUAAUUUUUUCCUUUACUUUUAAUGAGACCGGACUUUUUUAAAGAAGAAAAACAUAGAAUGACAUUUUAAACUGAUAUUCUUUUGUUUUUAUAUCCUCAACGGAACAUCCGUUUCGACGCCAUUAUGUAGUUACAAUUUUGUCACACCACAUUAUUUCACGUAAACACUGGUAACAACGUUUUGUCAAGUUUAUAGUUAAAUAUUCAAUGUUAAAGAAGAUUCGUAUAAUAUUUAAAUAAUAUUUCAACAGUGAUCGAAACGCCCUUUCGUUUUCUACGCGUCCUCAGCCCAGCUGAUCGGCGAUUCAAAUUAAUUUGUUGGUAGAAUUGUGUUUUCAUAGAGCGCGUUGUCUACCGCCAACGGUAUUUCAUGACAAACGUAAGUCUGUGAUCAAAAAUAUACAGAAAUGUUCUUUUCGUUAAAUGUGUGGCGGCCAUUUUGUGAAACAAUACUUAUGUUGUACAUUAUGUCUGAUUUUAGUUUUUCUGUUUUACAUUAAAUAGUUAAUAAAUAUUUAUUGUAAAUAUGAAUUGUGAUUUAAAGAAUUUAUGACUAAGCUAAAGGAAUCGAAAGAAAGUACCAUGGAUCCAGAUGAUCCUAUUCAGCGGUUUUUACAAUCGACAGGGUGGACGUGCGAAGAUUUGUUGGAAAAAUUGCAAAAAUAUAGAGCCUCGAAAGAUCCAUUGGGUUCUCAACAAACCUCGACCCAAUCAAAUAAAACUGAUAAUAUCGAGUUAAAAGAUCCUCUAUCAAAUUUAAAUCAAUAUGAUGCAACUACUAAUAUUUCUGAUCCUGACGAUGGAGAAAAAGAAGUUAAUGGAGUGGAUAGUGGCAAUACAGAUGAAAUAGUAGAAGAUAUAAACGGAACAGAUAAGAAUGAAGAUGAAAAUUGUUCGAUUACGCAAAAUAAAUCCAACGCUACUGACACAUCAGAUGUAACUGAAGUGAGAGUCGUAGAAGUAAGCGACGAUGAUUUGGACAAAGAAGACGAACAACAAGAAAAUAUUUUGAACCCGGAAGAAAUCGAAUCUUUGGAAAAAUAUCAAAAGACCGACGAAUUCGAAACAAUUACCAUCGAAACGGAGUCCGAGAAGCCUCAAGAAAAUAAAAUCAACUACGUAGAAAUAGAUCCACGACAAAAAAUCAAACUGCGCCGUUUAUCAAUCAAACCAACGCAACAAGGGCAGUAUUCCAAAUUUAAAAUAUCGAAAGUUACCGCGGCGACAGUAGAAUCUCUUAUAAACAGCAAUAAAUUGAUACCAGAAGGAAAACAAAAUAUUUUUCGACCUAAAAUUGUUAUCAAAAAAACGUUACAAAAAGUUGAUAAUUCGCUUAUCACGCCGAAAUCUUGUACUUCUUUUCGACCUGUGAUUAUAAACAAAACUGAUAAUUCUCUAGUUGUAUUACGUCAAAAUGCUACUAGUGUUAAAUCUCCUCUUCAAUCGAUCGGUACCACAACAACAGGAAGUAUAGCGACUGAUUCAAAAUGCCAGAACGUGACCAGAGUUGCUAAAUCAUCUACGGAAUCCGUGAGAACGUCGAUCCUAUCGCCGUAUACUACAAAUCCGAUUACGAAAUGCCAGAAUACGACAAGUUUGACCAGAUUUGUCAAAUCUCCAUCGGAAGAUAGUGCAGCUAUACCAAAAUCAGUUCUUUCCUUAAAAAAGAACGAUUCCUCCGAUAUAACACAAUCCGUUAUCAAAUAUAAAAUAUUUGCCAACGAUUUGAAACAUAUCAGUUCUCCAAAGGUGACCGGAUGUGAAGAUAGUUCCCCUACAAAUUUUUCUAACAAGGAUUUAUCCAAAUCGCCUACACUCUUUCGAUUAGGAAACGGUGGUGGUAUAAUUAAAAAUGAAAAAAUAGAAAAAACCACCAAGGAAAGCGAUGUUUUAACUCCCAUUAAAAUUCCGGAAAACCCCAUGAAAACGUCUCAUCUGUCAGAUCCCGACGACGCGAAAAUAUACGGAGACGUACCUUCCGAAUUGGAGUUGACGCCGACAGAAACGUCUAUAGCAUCAAACAAUAUAUUGUCGGUUGAAAGUGAAGGUGACGACGUAGAAGAAAAUAAUAGGAGCAAAGAAUCCUUCGAAAAUAUUCGAAAUAAUUUAAAAUUACAAUUGAAUUCGUUACGAACGAAGAAAAAGAGUCAGUUCUUGGAAACAACGUCAACUAAAGUCAUCGAUAACAUUCAACGUAGCAAAAAAUUAUCAUUACUAGAAUCCAUCGAAGAUUCCAAGAAAAAUAUACCAUCGGAAAAAAAUAUGGAUAAAAAUCUUUAUACUCAAACUAAUGAGUUAGGUCUUGUUAUAUCGAACGUGGAAGGAGGAGUGGAAAUAGAAGAUACAGAAGGUUCCGAAUUAAAACUAAACGUAAUUAAUUCGAAUAUAACUGAUAAUGACGAUUGUUUACCUGAUAAUAGACUCGCCGAUAAAGAUAUUGGAACAGUGAAUGAUACAGAAAAUAUAAAAGUAUUAGACGAAAUUAGAAAAAUAAUAAAUAAACAAAAGUUACCUCCAAAAUUGAGUAUAUCGAAAUCUAACGACAAUAGUUUAUGUUUCCAAAAACGUAUGCCCAAAAGUGACGAAGAUAAAAAAAUGGAUAUAUCCUGCGAAAAUUCCCAAACUUCCUUUACGGAAGUAGAAGAAAAAUCCCCAUUCAUCAGUGAUUCAUUAGAUGAAUUUUUAACCGCAGGUUCCAAAUUGAAUAUCAGUUACCAAGUACCGAAAUUAGGCGCGGAAGAAGGUCUUAAAAAUAUCACAGAGGAAUCACCAUUGAUUUUAAAAAGGAUCGAACAAAUUAAAGAAAACGACGAAAUUAAAGAAGAUAAAACGAAAAUGACUCCAACUGUUAAAGCAAAAACCGUCGCGCAAAAAAGGAGACUAUUAGAAAAAGAAAGACGAAAGGAAUUGAGGAAAGUACAGAAGAAGAAGCUCAAAGAACUGGAGGAGAGAGUAAAAGAAGUUUCAAAAGAAAUGGAGGAGAUCAAAGUGAAAAAUAACAAUAAAAACAAAUCCACCAGAAGUUAUUUAUUAUAUAACGACAAAAAAAUCUGGUUAAAAAGUACAAUAUCCAAUAAAUGUUUUGCUAAAAUUAAUUGUUCUAAACAACUAACAAAUUUGAAUAAUCGAAAAAAAUUGUCUCUGUUACAACAAAGUUAUAAAAAACAAAAUCAAAUUGAGUACCGUCCGGGACCUUUAUGUAAAAAACGGAAUCUUCAAGUAACCGACAAAGAUAAAUGGGAAACUCAAAUGGUUCAACUUCCGAAAUUAUAUUUGGAAGUAUUCCCGAAACAGGGAAAACCAUUUUGCAACACGAUGAUACGAAGAUUAAAUCAAAUUAUAGGCGGCGAAUUAGAUGACAAUAAAAUUGAAUUUGCUCUAUCGGCAGUUAAAUGUAAGAAUUAUAUUAAAGAAGAAACAAUAGCGCCGUUGAAAUUUCCACUACAGUAUCAUAAUAAAGUAGAAAGGAUAUUAACAAGACGACCGAGGAAAACGAAAAAAAAUGAAAUAGUUUGUGAAUCCCCGAUGAAAUCAAUCGAUAAAAAGGGUACUUCGGAUGUAGUAGCUGACGUUGUAGAAGAUUUAAUCAGAUACGUCGAAAUCAAAGUACUAGCUCCAACGUUGAUUAAAGAAGACGACGUAGAAGUACCAAUUGAAGACUGUUUAAAUAAUUCAUCACCGAUAAAAGAAAAUAUCAGUGUUAUUAGAAAACCGCAUAAAAGACGCACUAAAGUAGAAAAUGAAUUACUAAGACUAAGCUGUAAAGUCGUUAACGUGGAAAUAGAAGAAAGUAAAGACGAAAAAGUGUAUUGUUCGAAACCUUAUUGUGAAUUAGGAUGCGUUUGUAAAAGUUUAAAAUGCGAUUACAUCCUACCACGUCAUUGUCAAAAACCGGAAUGCAUGUUCAAAUGCACUUGCCCGAAAGAAAAAUCGAUUAUAUACGAUAAAAUAACGUUUCCCGAUGGUACUAAUUUGUUAUCAGAAGAUACCGUCAAUAGAAUCGAAGACGAAGCGAAAAAGAAUUUAGCCAAAGUUGAAAAAGAAUUCACGCAAACCGUAAUUCAUACAAACGACAAAACUAUAGUAGUCGGUGUCGGUGAUCGAACAAAAACUAGAAGAGCCGCUAGAACACCCGCCAAAUUUUCAGAUUUUGUAUCUUUGUCCGAAAUACUUCAAGAAAACGAAGAAAUACGUCGAAAAAGAUGUGUAGUGAGUUUACAUAAACUAAACCUAUCCGGUAUAAUACCAUAUUGUUUAACUCAUAAUAUGUACAACUGUUUCUGUAAAGGUUUAGAAGUAGUACCACAAAUUAAUAAAGUCUUAUCAAAUACGGUACCAGAAAAUCAAGAAUUUGUUAAAAAGCGAUCACUAAUAGAUUUAAGGAGUAGAAAAGUUAGAAAUUUGAGAAUCAAAAACGAAUCAAAGAAGAUAUAUAAAUAUCCAAGUUUACCAGAUCCGUUGGCUCUCACUCCUCCAUGCGAAUCCGAUAAUUCAAGCCAAGAUGACCUUUGGACACCGGGUGAACAUAUAGAUAUAAGCCCCAAGGAAUUCCCGAAGAGACCAGUACGAAAUGUCGUUAAAAGGAAAAUAUCAAACAUCGACGACACCGAAACAUUAAAUACAAUCCCUCCAAAAUGUGCUCGAGUCAUAGAACUACCAAAAAAAUAUAAAAGAUCCUUACAGUACACACCGAAUAUAUACCAAGACGAUUUCGUUAAUAAUAUAUCGGAAGAGGAUUUAUUCAGAAUGAAUCUACCAGAAAAUAUUAAAAUAAAAUUCUCCAAAGCGGAUUUAUUGAAACAAUCUCUUAUCAAAGAUAAAGAAAUACUCGAUUCGGGAAAGAAUAAAACGAAAAGAAAACAAACACUAGAAUCCCGCGAAGACGAUACGCCAAUUUUCAUCGAAAGUGAAAAAGACCUCGCGAUACAAAGACGCAAAAAAGUGCCAUUACAAAUUGUCGAAAAUAAAAUGAGAGCAGUUUUCGAAGGGGAAGUUAUAAUCGAUAGAAGGAAUAUCGAUCUGUUGAGAGUAAUGGGACCGCGGACUGUUGCCGAAGGUUACGCGCGUCUACUUCCUUGGACGGCUUUAAUAAAAGGUUUCGUCGAUAAAUCGAUAUGCAUUUGGAGUAUGAUUGAUCAGCCGUCAAGAUUAUUAAUCAAUAAAUCGGAUAAAAAAUGUCCCAAAAAUUAUAUGGCUAUUGAUAAAUUACCAACAUCGACGGAAAUCAUCACGUGGAUUAAACAAAAGAAAUUACCUCCUGAUUAUGAAGCGGAUUCUUUUUCGUUUAUUUUAAGGGAAACUAAAAAUAAUUUCGAAAUUUGCGGUAUUUGUACUAAGAACGUAGCGCGAAAAUCCGAACAAUCACAAACUAGCAAAAACGACAAAGAAAAAAUCGCGGAGGAAAAAGUUGAAAAACAAAUCGUCGAGGAAAAAGUUGAAAAAAAAAUCGUUGAGGAAAAAGUUGAACAAAAAAUCGUCGAGGAAAAUGUUGAAAAAAAUGAACAAGCCGUUGAUAAAAACGUCGAAAUAUUUUAUCACAAAGAUUUAUCGGGAGUAGAACGAUUUUUUUCGUUGCACAAAAAAAAAUACGAAACUAUUUUAUUAGUAGAAGACGUAUCGGAUUUAAUAGAAACUAAAUUACCCGAUAUACGAGUAGCACUGCCUUCUACUUCCGACGGUUGUAAAUGGCGUAUGCUGUUUUUAAAUUCAGAUUUCACGUUCCUCUUCUUCGGUUCCAUUUCGUAUUCGAUUCGAUAUACCGAUCUGCUCGCGAUGGGAAAUUACGCGAAAACAAGCAAUUGCACGAUUCGAUUGGAAAAUAAAGGAAUGGGAAAAAACUACAAACAUCAUUUGUUCGGUAUUUAUUUCGAACCGGGAUUUUCUGAUCGAAUUUUCAUCGGUCCUUAUAUCCAGGACUGCGAUUCGGAAGACAUCGAUACGCUACGAUACAUAAAUCAAUCUUUAGUAUCAACUAAAUCGUUUAAUUUGAUGAGAGGCAAAGGGGAUUACAAGUGCGGACAUUGGUUCGUAGAAACAAGUGAACCAACUCAAAGUCAACCGUCUAAAUCAGCAGAAUGUACCAUAGAUUUAACUUCGGACAAUGAAUUAGAAAGUAUUGAAACCGUUCGCGAAAUUGCUAAAAAUCCUCCCGAAACGGUAGAUUAUUAUCCUUACGCUCCUAAAAUAAUUCACAACGAACAGGAAAUAAAAAUAAUCGACGCGCCGCCGCGAAAACCCGAAGAUUUCAAUAGAUAUAUAAUUACGAACAUCCCCCAUUUCGGUUAUCUCGGCGCAUACAUGCAUCCCCAUGGCGAAAUCGACGUAUCAUGGCCAUUCGAAAAUAAAUUGCUUCGAUUUUCUUCCGAGAGCGCAGCAACUACUUUCCUACAAGACCGAUUUUCAUCGUUGUUACAAAGUGUUCCCGAAACGUUCAAAAUUAAUAUUAUUGUUGCCCUAAACAUAGAUUUGAAGGUAUACCAUCCAAUUGACUCAGCAGUACUUAAUGGGCAUUACAUUUGUGGCGAUUUUGGUUACAUGAAUAUAUUAGAAACAAGUGACAGAGAUUGCGUUAACAAGAUACCAAAGAAUGAAAAUGGGUGUUUCGAUCUUUCUCUUAUACUGAGAAAGGCUGCUGAAGAGAUUCAUCUACAAAUAAGAAAGGAGCGUGAGAAUCGAAUAAUAAAGAAUACUUUGUUUUUAAAGAAGCGCGAAAAUGCGCUUAAGCUACACAAACUUUUGUCUAAAUUACCAGAAGACCAAAGAAAUAUUGAAAAUAUGAAAUUCCGAGCCAUUUUGGAUAAGACUGAAGAAUUACCGAUAGUAAUAAAUGAUUCUGAUGAUGAAGUGAAGAAACAGGCGAGCUCAAACGCCGCCAUCAAAGAUUUACCUACAACAUCAAGCAAAGCACCGAUGAAAUCAAUCCUCAAACCUUUGGUAACAGUACCAGUAGGCAAAGAUAAUAUAUUAUUCAGAAUGGAUUUGAAAAAUUUACAAGAAAAAGAUCCUCUUGAUUUAAAUACUAGUCCAGUAGAUGAACCAAAAUAUAUACCAGGCGUUAAGCUGGUAAAAAAUUCCCAAGGAGGUUUUGUGUUGGUGAAAAAAGACAUUAAAACAAGUUCCAAUAAUCUAAGGAGACCAUCAAAUUCCGAUAGUUCAGAAAAUGCAGAAGAAGUUAUAUAUAAACAAAAUCAUUCUAACAAAAAAAGUGCAAAAGUAACCCCUGUAGAAAAGAGAUUUGAAACUGCUGGUGUAGUUGUUCCAUCAAAAACUGUUAAUGUAUCUGAUAACAAAAAUAAUAGUGAAGUGAUAGAAUUAGAUGAUGACGACGUAAUACCUAUCGAGAAUGAACCGAUGAUUAUAGAUCUAGAUGAUUUUCCUUCAGAUGAUGACUAGAUAUUUGUAACUUUAAUGUUUGAACAUUUUUUCUGUCGUCGUCUAAUCCUAUGAUAAAACAGUGAAAUGUCUGGCUAAUCAAAUCAUGACUACAAGAAAUUUAUAGAAAAAUAUGAGUCAAAACCAUUCGAUCAUUUAUAAAAUUUUUUAUAUUCAAUAUGCCAAACGUAACAAUUAGAAUUUUGGCAUUUAUAAUCAUUGAUAGUGAAAAGAACAACAAAAAUAUAUAGUACAUAUAUUGAAACAACAAUGACAAAUUAUUCUAUUUACUUUUUCAGUGUUCAAAUAAAUUUUUCGACUACUUUCAUGAGAUACUUGAUAACUAGUAUGAAAAGCACAAUUUUCUGUUCUAGAGCGAAAUAUUCAUCUCAUGUAGGUCGUAGGAAAACUAUAGUACACAACACUUGCAUACUUUAUAUAAUAUCAUAUUCUCAUCAUUAUUUACAGAGUCUAGUAUCUAUUUGUGAUGAUUUAAAUGUUUGUUUGGACAUUGUGUUUUAUAUGUCUUCUAUUUACGAAAUGUAAUUUCCAUUCAAAACAAAUCAUGAACUAAUGUCAAUUCAAAGAUUCGUCUAGUUUAUUUCUUCUACAUUGUUAGUAUUGGGGUUAAUAUUCCAUAUAAUUACUUUAUUUUUUUGCUUUAUUUGAUAGAAGGAUAUGAAUCUGUACCACCCACACUAAUUUACUAGUUAGACAGAGCGAUUUAUAUAAGCUGGUACUGAACACACUAUUUACUACCAACACUAACAAUUACAAUAUUUAUUCCUUUGUGUCUUGAAUACAUCAUAUCCGGCUUGAACAACCAGACAUAAUUACUUCCUUAUAUAUUCUAUCCUUUUUGGGAACACAAUUAAAGUAUUUAAAUCUUUCUUUUCUUUAGUUUAAGUUUUUAUGAAGAUAAAUUACACUUCAACCACAAAACUUAUAACAUUAACAAACAAAUGCAACUCAUCAGAUACGUUUUUACGCGCAUUUUAUUUUCUAAAAAUUAGAACACAUGGUUCCAUCUUUGCCUGACUUAUAUCGCUCUAUCUCAUGCUAUAAUGCCCUUUUAGCCCUAUAACGCCCUGGGAGACUCCUUAAUUCUCUUUCACAUCGUUCAAACUGUAUUGAAUCUUAGUUACUGACCUAAAAUUUUUUCUAGAAGUGAGACAAUUUGGCUCCCACUUGUAUUCCCACAAAUUGAUUAUCGAGCAAAAAACUUUUCAGGCGUAUUUAGGACAACAAAAUUUUCACAAAGCGACGGUUUCGUUUGUUAAGUUUUCACUUAUUAGCAAUUCUAUAUGUCACUAUAGUACAAAACACAAUAAACACCAAUUUUUGUUCAAAAAGUAAACAAAAUGUAAAGACAUAACCUUAGAAAUCAAAUGCGUAAGUCUAUAUGCACCGCUAUCUUUAGAUUUCACUAGAAAAUCUUCAAUUUUUCCGGCAUAGCAAAUUGCUAAAGUAUAAUACUACAGAAGUUGGAAACACAUGUUCACAUAUAUGUGAGUGUUGGUGCAGGGGUAGUAAACAGUGUGUUCAGUAUGAAUGGCAAAUACAAGCUCAUAAUUUGUUAUAUUGGAUAAACCACAAUGAAUUAAGUUGACAUGUAUAUUUGAAAUUACUGUUAAUGUUUUUAUGAAAAUUUGUAUACUAUAAUUGUUCAAGGAGAUCGUUUCCGUUGGAAUAUUUUCAGUUGUCUAUUUCUGGUCCUAUCGAUAGUUCAUGUUUGUGUGUUUUUUUUAAUGAAACCCCCUGUUUUUAUUGCAUUUUAUAACAUGUUUCUUGCCGAAUCUUCUAAAAAAACCAACUAAUAAUUUAGAUUUCUCUAAUGGAAAUUAGUUUCUAUAAAAAAACAAACAAUGAGGAAAAGUGGAAUAGUCAUUUGAACAAAUUUCUAAGAACCCCCUACAAAUUUUUUUAAAUAUUAACAAAGUUUCGAGCUUUAUUCCAUUCAGGCAAAUCCGGUUAUUUUUGACAUGACUGUUUAAAAAUAUUUUUUUUUUGUAUUGGACUGCAUCAGUUGAAAUUUAUAUACAAAUUUAAAAAAAGUUGGGUCCAUUUCCAUUGUAACCCGUAGUAAACAAACAACAAACGUCUUGUAUACAUAUUUUCUCGGUUUAUGUGGUAUCAUCACUUGCAUACUAUUUUUUCAUUAAUAUCUUUUAGUACUAAAUGUCAAGAGGAAUUUGAUAUUAUUCUCUCAUUGUUUUAUAUAUACACCAAAAGUAAAUUUUAAUAAAAGCCUUACUCUUAUAAUUUUAUUAGGUUAUUAAAAUUUACUUGGAUUUUACAAUAUACGUUGCCCCUUUUCUUGUAGUAUGAGUUUUAGUUUAUCAGACUGAAAUUGUGAUACAAAGACCAUUAGUAGUUGAUAAUUAAAAUUUUUUUUUCUGGACGAUUCAAACAUUUAUUAUUACGAAAAUAGCAAAAAAUUUGCAUUAUUUACUGCAUAACAUCCUGUAAAUCCAUUUACUUGCAAUAUAUAUUUUACUAAACCAAUCAAUAAUAAGUUAAUGAUUUUAGGGAUGAAAAUACAAAUUUCUGUAUUGAAACCACUUCAUUUUGAUUUAUAAGCUCAACACUUGGCUGGUAAGAGAAAAAACUACAAAAAUCUAUGCUUGGACACCUGUAGUCAAAUAACUCAACACAAACUUGUCUCUAGUCUUGGAACCACCACUCUUCACUUAACCAAGUCUUCAAUAUAAAGAAAAUUUGCUAUUUUAUUGUGUAGGUUACGUUAGGAAGUAAGCAGAAUCAUUUAGGAAGCAGGUGAGAAGUCGCUAGUAAUUAGCAACAACAUAGAUGAAAGUUUCUACAGGAAAAUUGCGAUGUUGCUGGUAAGAAUGGCAAGAGUUAGUUAGAUUUCAACGAAUAAAACUCCCAGGGUAUUUUUAAUGAUCUGGUACCAAUAUAGAACCAGAGAAAAUGAAGGGGAUAGAAGAUAUUGUUGGUAUUGGAACUAAUAUUCUCAAAUUAGACACUAGUCAACCAACUCAUUAGAUACAAGACAUAUGAUCCUAUCGGAAAGUUCCUAAUUUCAGAUCAGAGAAAAAAUAAUCAUAUGUAUAGAAGCUGGUUAGAAGUGAAUGAAAGUGGCAGUAGAUAUUGGAACCUUCACUCCCAAUUUAGGUAUAAUUGAUCAACCAUUCAAUAUAGAGAAAAGUUGCUACAGGAAACUGGACAUGUUGCUGGUAGAAAUACCAGGAGUUAGUUACAAUCAUCCGACUAUUAAAACUCUCUGUAGAUAUAUAUCUAUCGGUUCUCCUGAUCUAACAUGGAAUCUUUUUUAUCCAUAACGCCUGCCACAGGAAUUAAUCAGAAAUAUUUUUGAUGAUAGUUAGACGGAAAUGAAGAUGGUAGAAGUUAUUGUCUAUCUUGAAACCACCACUCUCUGGAGAUAUCUAUCUUUGGUUCUAAUAUGAAAGCCACAUUCCAGUCACAGGAAGUAGGAUGAAAUAUUAUGGAAGCUUGUUAAAAGGAAAUGAAGGCGCCAAAAAAUAUUAUUGGUAUUGGAACCGUCACUCUCAAAUCAGGCACUAGUUAAUCAAGUCAUUAACUAAAAGACAGACGAUUUUCCAUAGAAAAGUUGUUAUGUUGAUGGUAAGAACAGCAAAAGUUGAUUCUCUAGUUCUAAUUUGGAACCAUACCGAAAUAUUAUGUUAUAUGGUAAGAAGGAAAUGAAUAUGGUGGUAAUUCAGCACUAAAUAGUUAAAUUGGUUAGAGUUAGAACUGCUCUAGUUUGAACCAAACAUUAUUGAUGAAACUGUAUGUCCUAUAUAAUUUGAGAAAAAUAAAAUGUGUAUUAGAGGAUCUGCUUGGAAUUACCAGUGGAAUUAAAAUGGAAAUGAGUUAUAAGGGAUUUAUAUUAUAACUACAUCCCUCUUUAAGGUUGCAAUUUCAUUGUACUUUCUCUGAUUUAUUUGCACAGUUUAAAAGCACUUAAUUACUUCUGUCUUUUGCUAAUGAAAUUAAUUUUGAAAUCAUUUCAAAAAUAUUGUUUUCGAUAAUUUGUUUGAAUCGUCAAUGAAUCUAGUUGUUUAUCGGUACGCAACAAAAUAAUAAUUGUUUCAUAUUAUAAUUAGUUCCUUUGAUUGUAUCUUGUUUAUAUUUAAAUAAUUGUUUGGUAACCAAACACUUUGUACAGUGUAAAUAUAUGUAUGUUUUCUAAAUAAAACUAAUAUUUUGUUCA